CCCAGUGCGCAGGUGCAGCCCGGGUGACGAAGAUGGUGCUCAUCAAAGAAUACCGUGUAGUGUUGCCAGUCUCUGUGGAAGAGUAUCAAGUAGGGCAGCUGUUCUCUGUGGCUGAGGCCAGCAAGAAUGAGACAGGAGGAGGAGAAGGCAUCGAGGUGCUGAAGAAUGAACCCUAUGAGAAGGAUGGGGAGAAGGGACAAUACACACAUAAAAUAUACCAUCUAAAGAGUAAAGUCCCAGGUUAUGUGAAGAUGAUUGCACCAGAGGGAGCAUUAGUUUUUCACGAAAAGGCCUGGAACGCCUACCCGUACUGUCGCACAAUUGUGACGAACGAGUACAUGAAGGACGACUUUAUGAUAAAGAUCGAGACGUGGCACAAACCUGACAUGGGAACAAUAGAAAAUGUCCAUGACCUGGACGAGCAAACAUGGAGGACCGUGGAGGUGUCUCCAAUAGAUAUUGCAAACAAAGAAGAAGUGUCCCAAGGGGACUAUAAGCCAGAAGAAGAUCCCACUCUUUUCCACUCCGCCAAGACGGGCAGAGGACCUCUCGGCCCUGAAUGGAAGAAUGAGCUGAAGACAGAUUGUCCUUACAUGUGUGCGUACAAACUGGUCACUGUCAAGUUCAAAUGGUGGGGUCUUCAGACCAAAGUGGAAAACUUCAUCCACAGGCAAGAAAAGCGUAUUUUCACCAACUUCCACCGCCAGCUGUUCUGCUGGAUUGACAGAUGGGUGGGUUUGACCAUGGAGGACAUCAGGCGGAUGGAGGAAGAGACCCAGAAAGAGCUUGAGGAGAUGCGUCAGAAGGGAGAUGUGCGAGGCACCUCUGCAACAGACGAGUAGAGGCCCGCCGCUACAGGUCAAACACUAGAGGCAGGCUGACUGCGUAAAACAGGUCCGAUUCGAGGCACCAGUGCUGCUCAUGAGCAAUGAGGCAAAUCAACCAAACCCUGUCAUGAUGAUGUCAUCAGAGACACGUCCACCACGAUGAGGAGUGGCCCUGACGUCGCCUCUUUUUUUCCUGUCUCACAUGAUUCAUUGGGGGGUUUGAAAAGAUUGGUUAACAGUACUGUACAGAUUCUACCCCAAUCACAAGCCUCCUGUUCACAACAGAAAACAUGGUUUUGCAUACAUUAUAAAAAGAAAAAAAAAACUCUUUGCACAGAACGUAAAUUGCCUGAUAUGUAAUUGUUAGUUGAUUAUUACAAUGGGCUUUGUUUUUAUUCAGGUGUGUACACCGUGACUCUGAAAGUCAAGCCUUUUAAAUAAUUUAGAAUGUUGUUUUUAGGUAUACAGGUUCCCUCAAAAAUUGGUUUAAGAUGACUUUAGCAGGUAUUGGACCAUUUAUCCCCGACCUACCCUUGUACUAUAAUUGUGUGUCUCUACUUUAAUCCUCGUCUCUCCCCUCAGUAUCGUCUGUAUUCUUGUCCUGGUUAAAUUUGUCUAGAUCUCCUCCCCUCCAUGUCUCACUGAACCCUCUAUCUGGCAGUAGUUGGGAAUUCUGAUGUUUUUCUUAGUUUUUUUAGUUUUAAUUUCAAGGCGUUUAUGGUUCAAAGCAAAUUUCAAAUUUCAUGCAUGAUAGAUAAUUCUCUGCUAUGGUUUUCCCUACACAUGCACACAUUUCGACAUGCACACAAGUCCUCCUCCUCCUCCUCAGUCACAAGUGCAUGUGUACAACAGAAACUCCUCGCUACACUGUCAUUGCAUGUGUUUAGUCGCUGCAAUGCGGCUGCGCUCAAGUGGAUUGUUUGUGUUUAGAGAGAGAGUCUGUACAAUACACCUGUGUGUUAGUGUGUGCAUCUGUGUGCUUGUAUGUGUUAUCAGCUGCCUUCGCUCUUAAAGGACCGUCACUCUUGAGAUGAAUAACGUUCAGAUUAAUAUCCAGGCUUCUGCGUGUUCUCGGCGCACCGCUGAGCUCUUACUCCUCCACCAGCCUGUUGAACCUGCCUCAUGCUGUCGCUGCAUGUCCUUUCUCCUUGGCUAGGGCUUUAACUGGGCGGCACCCAAAAGCCUCCGCAAUGUUUUUUUAAAACUAAAACAAAUGAGGAUGAGAGUUUGUGACUCUCUGUGUGCAUGAAUCAAGGUAGUUUUAUUUUUUUUAAUAACGUUCUCAAGCUACAGUUUCCUCUCUCCCCUGACGGAGCAAAUAGGUUCGGGCAGAUCGUUUUCGGUUGUUGCAAUUGUGGAUUGAUGAGCAUUUUGCUGGUAAAGAUUUUAUUUUCAAGUUUGAAAAUACUCCAGAAAGUUUGAAGUCAGUCUGAACUUCUCUCAACUGUUAUCGCUUAAGGAGGAAAUUGUUUUGGAAAAGGUUAAAAACACUUUACGCUUACAGUUUGGAUCAGUGUUUGGUUAUGGCCAUGAUCAUUAGUGCUCUCUUUCCUGCAUCACUACGGUUUAGAUGAUUCAAUCACAGCAAGAGCUCACUUUUGCAGUCUUUAUUUUGAGAGUAAUGCAGAUCCUGUUUGGGCUCUAGGUAAAAUAUUUGUGAUGUUUUUGAUCAUGAUGUAGCUUAGUGCAGAUAUACAGCUGUGAUUGAGGCUUUGUUUAUUCGAUCAGGUAUGAGUGUAUAGCCUAUCUGUGCGUGGUGUGUGUUGGACAGGUUAACAGAGAGUUAUAAGUGUACUUUAUAAUAGGCCUAUUAUAGAAAUGGACAAACUGUACAUACAUACACAGACUUGAAUGGAUUAUUCGCAGCUUUCAGCGGUGUCAGGUCUAUCAUUCAAUACUGCUAACUUAAAGUAAGUUAUGAUGUUGUCAGAGCAGGUAAUGUCAGCUCUGUGGACAGUGUGUAGUGUGUGUAAAGUAAAGCAAACUGUCCACGUGUAGUUGAUCACACCAUGGUUUAACCGUACCUCAUUCAUGCCUGUGAAUGUACAGCUAGGAGACAAAAGUGUCAAAAUGUGCAGGAUGUCUGAACUGCAGGAAAACUGACAUGUUUCACACCUGUACAACCAUGACAUGGACUCAUUAUAUCAUCAAAACACAAGGAGAGAUUUAAAUCUGAGGUAUAUCUUGUAGCGAUGUUUGUGAAGAUGAUGAAGAAGUCUCCGGAGACACCCGCUUGUAUAUAAUAGGGUUUAUUACAGCAGCAUAUUAUCAUACACCAACACGGGCAAUACGAGGUUCCUAGAGCCAAUUUUGGAAGUCCCCCCCGAACUGUCUUUGUGCAUACAAUUUAUAGGAGAAAAAUGUAUGUGUGUGUCCAAAGUGUGUGUUGUUCAAUAACAAGGUGUGCCCCACUAAAGUGACAUGUGUCCGGUCCUAUGGGACCCCUGACGUAUUCCAGCUAUACUUAAGCAACAUCCUAUGGCCCCCCCAUUUCCCUGAACAACAUCCUCUCUGCACCCCCUAUGAUGUCAGAGAGUAACCCACUGUAUGAACAGAUUUAAUACACCACAAAACAACUUCAGAAUUGGGUCUGCAUGCUCAACAUUCUUUUCUUUUUUUUUAUUCUUUACGUUUUUCCUUCCUUUUGUCUCUGUUGUUCUGUGUUUGAUCAGGACAUCAGUGCUUUUGAGAAGCUCUUGAACUGCAUUAGACAAGAAGGGAAAUCUUUUAAAAGGGCGGCUCUCCUCAGAAUCAAACUGGAUUCAGCUGGACCUCAGUUUACAGACGAGGAGUGAAAAGCCUGACUGAGUUUGAGGAUGACGGGAGUUGCCUGGUAGACUAGUAUAGGCUGAGUGAUGUACAGUUUUGUAGCAUUACCAGUGAUGCCAGCCAGGGUAUGACUGAGGGGAGUGAUAGAAGCUUAGGGAACAGACGGAGUCCAGAAUACUGUUUUCUCUAUUGUAAUCAUGAAUAAGCACUUGCAAAAUCUACUGUUUUGUUUUCUUUUGUUUUCUUUUUUGUUAUGUUUUUGAAACACAAAGAUUCACAAUGCACUCAAUUUUCUCUUUACUGAUAAGGCAACAUUCAGGGGAAUUAGUAGUGAAUGUAAUACAAUUAGUUCCUUUUCUUUUUUUUCUUUCUUUUUUUUUUACAGCUUUCAGGCUGUGACAGAAGGUCUAGACAAUGGAACAUAACAGAAUAUCUAAUAAAUUUGAACAAAUAAGAGAA